AGCCUUUGUAGUAAGAAGGGCAAGCCAACAUAGUUUCCGUUCAUGUAGGAUCUAGAUACAUUCGGCACCAUGGCCAUGAUGAUGCCAGACUUUGAUGAGAGCCUCAAAGUUGCAAGCUGGGCUCCAGACUUCUCGCGGUGUCUUGUCCGCGAGGAAAUGGAUCAAGCCCUACAGAUCGCCAACAAGGCUCUUGAGGAUGCCCGUGAUGCACGGGCGAAAGCCUUCGCACUCGGUGCCGUGGCGCGAGCGCAGCUCCUUGGACGGGAGCUGCUCAAAGCUGUGGAGGCAGCUCAGCAGGCUGUUGAAGCAGCGAAAGGGGCAGAUCAGCCUGCACAAGCCAUGUCUCAGCGAAACGCGGCCAAGGCUUACUUGGCUACAUUUAGCCUAGAGGAAGCUGCUGCUGCGGCAGAUGCUGCUGUUUCCGUUGCUCAAGGCAAUGCAAAGGCGGCAGCACUGUCUACGCGAGCGCAGGUUUGCCUUGCCAGAGACAAAAAACAAGAAGCUUUAAAGGUGGCAAGAGAAGCGGUGUCUCUCUUCAAAGAAGGCAAAGAUCAGCAGGGAGAGGCUGCCGCCUUGGAAGUAGUAGUUCGUUCGUGCCUGGUCGCAAAGAAGGGCAGUGAGGCCCUGCGAGCCGCAAACGAGGCACUGGCAAUCUACCAGGGCAGUGCUAGUGACGGGGAGUCUUGUGCACUUCUCCUUGUCGCGAAAACCAAGCAGGCCCUUGGAGAUUCUGGUGAAGCGCAAGAGCUUGCGCAAAAGGCAGUCGACAUUUUUGAGAAGAAGGGAGACAGACAGAUGCAGGGCGUCACCUUGAAGCAGCUGGCAGACAUAUGCCUGGCAGGUGGGCACAAUAUCGACGGCUGGCAGUACACAAGGGAAGCUCUUGAAUGUUUCCGAGAAGUUGGAUACAAACGGGGCGAGGCGUCAACGAUAUGCCAAAUUGCUGCCGCGCACGUGGAGAAUGGUGUAUUUGAAGAAGCCUUGCGCAUAGGCGAUGAGGGGAUCGCGAUUUGCCGAGAAAAGAACUACAGGCAGUUGCUUGGUGCAACACUGAACGUGAUUGCUGAUGCACAUGUUGGGCAACUUCGAUUUGCUCGCAGUGAUCAGCAGGAGCAGCAAAUGAAUUGGAAAGCAAGGCUGGCCGGGAAGGAAGCUUUGGGAAUUCUGCAGAGUGUCGGUGAUCGAGUCGGGGAAGCCAACUCGCUGAAGAGCUUGGCCUCAGCCUUUCUGAACUAUGGAAAUGCCGCGGAGGCCCGCUCAAAAGCGAAGCAGGCGGUUGAAAUCGGAAAGGUGAUCGGCAACAAGCAGAUUGAGGGUGAGAACUUGUUGUUGGUGGCACAAACAAAGAUACAUGAAAACAAGGAAGAAGGCGCACGUUUGGCACGUUUGUCUGAAAAGCUUCUUCGAGAAGCAGGCGUUGCAUCUGCUGCACGAAAUGCCGGUGACGUCUAUGACUUCAUCCGCGGCUAUGGCGUUGCCGCAAAGGAAACGAAGAAGGACAGGAUACAGCAGCCAUUGGACUUGAAGACCGACAUCACCGUAGACAUUGAGGAGGGAAAACAUCGGCUCGGCUAUUUCCAUGGUUUCACAGCUCGUGCUGUGCGCCCACGUUCAUAGCUUUGCAGGCCUAACAAGCCAGGGUUUGCGCACAGAGCUGUCCAUGAUGCCUGCGGAGUGUAAUCAGACCAGAACACAUCGAUCCGACAGCUCAUUCUUGAAUUGCUUGAGCAGCUAGUAACAAGUGC